AUGAAACUUGAUGCACCAUCAAGUUCGGCAACACUUUCGCUAAAAAAAAAUACUUCUUUUCAAGUAGCUUUAAAAGUUGCUCAAUGUAAAAAACCCCAUAGUAUUGCUGAAGAGUUGAUUAAACCAGCCGCGAUAGCCAUGGCGAGAACUGUCCGUGGAGAUGAAAUAGCUAAGAAGUUGGAAAUGGUGCCAAUUUCAAACGAUACCGUAAAAAAGAGAAUAGAUUUAAUGUCAUUAGAUAUUUUAGAACAGUUAAUAACAGAUCUUAAAACAGCAAUAAAAUUUUCUAUUCAAAUCGACGAAUCAAUAGAUAUUGAAGACUUUCCACAGUUUUUAGCGUAUGAUAUGCAGCCAGAUCUACACCGGGUAUUACAGGACGUCAUCAAAAUUAUACAUCUUGAAAAUGAAAUGGCAAGAUAUAUUCCACAAAAUGUCCAUAUCGAGAAAUACAGUUGGGUAAGAAAUCCAUUUGAAGUAGAUGUAAUGGCGGUUGAAAAUGAUACGGCUGGACUACAAGAAGAAUUGCUUGAAUUGCAGGGUGAUAGAGUUUUAAAAGAAAGAUUUGCCACAAUGAGUCUCACAAAAUUUUGGGCAGAACUAUCUGGGAAGUCUAUUCUCAUCAAUGAAGCUGAAAAGCUCUGCUACCAUUUCCAAGCUGUUACACAAAAUACAGAAAUGCAGUUACGGCAAGCACUUCAGGAGCUAAAGGAUUCAAAGGACACAUGCAACCAGUUACUACAGGAACGAGAUGAAAGUGAAGAAGAAAUCAAACAUAUUAGUGGCCGGAACUCACAACUGAAGAGUGAGCUUGGCGAACUGCAUACUGAGCAUAUAGAAGUAAUGCAUCAAAGGGACCAGCUUAAGGAUGCACUCAGUACUCUCAAAGAAGAAUUAAAUACUCAUGAGAGGGUACUCAACCACAUGACAGAACUGGAACAGGAGCUCAACUUGGCCAAUAAUAAAAUAGAAGUACUGUUCGAACAACAAAAUGAACAUGAAGCAGAAUACAACCAAAGUCUUUUUGAAGAACUGGUAAAAUCACCUGUAGGUCAGUCGAUGAGGCAUCAACUAACAGCCUGUGAUAUACACUCUAAGACUCAGAUUAAUUUUAAUUUAAGUACUAGGAAAUAUAAGAAAUAUAUUAAAAUUGGAAAAGUUAUCCAGAAAACUUAA